AUGUGGUCUCAAACUUUUCAAUCUCCAGCAUGUGUUAGAGUUUCUGCUCUAACGGGUGGGCAUCUAACCCUUCCCGAGAACCUCUUUGUGACCGACGCCGAUGCAUCUAAACGAACGCUGGUGCCAUCAAUGUGUUUCUUGAUCGAGAGGCACGAUCCGACACAAGACGACAAGAUAACCCGAAUAGUGUGGGAUCUGGGCCUCAAACGGGACUUGAAGGGCUACGAGCCUGCUAUGCAAAACCAUAUUUCCAACCGUCAGCCAAUCAUAACCGACCCAGACGUCGCACAGUGUCUGCGAAACGGAGGGCUUGAUCCCAGUAAAGAUAUUGAUAUCGUCAUGUACAGCCACGUGCACUGGGAUCAUGUCGGAACGCCAUCGGACUUUCCGAAUUCAACAUUCAUAGUAGGAUCAGGGACACUUGAUCUGCUUGCCCAGGGCGCUCCACCUCAUUAUCCCGCGGAGAUUUUCGACACAAAGAUGCUGGACGAAUCGCGGACCAAGGAACUGCCAUAUGUCUCUAAGGUCGAUAAGAUCUACGCACGGAAAGAGCUUCAAACAAACCACAAGUGGAAGUCAGCGUUUGGCUUUCCAGCAGUUAUUGACUUCUUCGGCGACGAAAGCGUUUUGAUAGUCGAUAGUCCAGGCCACCUACGAGGGCACAUCAAUCUCUUACUUCGUCUUGAGAAAGACCGUCGCGUAUAUCUUGGAGGUGAUUGCUGCCACGACAUCCGCAUUUUGGAAGGUACCAAAGAUAUUGCGCUUUAUGACGAUGGACACGGUCAGCUCCGAAGCGUCCAUAUGGAUACGGAUACUGCGAGACGUACGAUUGCGCAGAUCAAAGAAUGUCUAAGUGAGUCGUCUGGGCUGCGAAAGCAAAACACCAAGGUUGAGAUCGUGGUGGCGCAUGACCGAUCAUGGAUGGAGAGAAAUCCACAUUGCUUCUUCCCUGGGUAUAUGUAA